AUGGAGCAGCACUUGCGGUGCAACAAUCAGCAGGGGGGCAGUUGUCGAGCUGCACUCACGGCGGAGGCAAUUGCUACAACUUGCGCGCAUGUUCCUCCUACAGUCAUUCUGCUUCUCGCCGUCGUUCUAAUCCGUCUCAGGCACAUCUUUUGCAUACCCUGCGCCGAGAAGACUGGCUUGUCGACAGCACCCCGGAAUCAGCGUCGAUGUCCUGUUUGCAAGACCGCCCUACCAAAUGCCCACGAUGCAGUCCGCAAUCUGAUAAAUCCACCCGAAGACUUCAAGACCAGCCUUCUUUGUGGCCUCGACCCCGCAACCAUCAUGGAGUGUGCCCAGACGGCGCUUUCUUUCUGGACAUACCAAAAGGCUCAGGAACUUGCAUAUCAGCAACACAUUGCUAAAAACCUGACGCACAGGUUCCACCAACUCAAUGCAGAGGUUGAAAGGACUGUUAAUGAUGGCAAUUCUCGAAUCCAAGCUCUGGAGACACAGAAUCAGCAACUCUCUACUGAUGUACAAUCAUUGCAACAAAAGUAUACGCAACUUUACGACCAGUAUCAGGACAAGAGCAGGAAGCAAGCACAGACCCAGAAGCUCUACGAUACUCUGAAACAGAAAGUCAUGUUGGAGAAGAUGGAGCCACUCGCCAAGAACGAUCCUUUCGCCCACAAGACCCUCCCCAGACAGCAGAAAGGCCAGCUCCUAGACAUGGGCGCUUUCAAGAAGGUCACGAACGACUUCAUCCACACCAACGGUCCGGGAGCAGUCUUAGUGGCAGCGAAAAGAGGGGCAUGUUACCGCUCGAGAGGCCGCGGAUAUCGAGGAUCUGUAGGUGGCCAGAACCCAACAUACUGCUUGUGCUAA